AUGUUUACACCCGUCGAGACUUCCAUCGGCGCCUUUCUGCUACAUCAAGCGACUAGCAACCUCCUCUAUCAGAAUGGCGAUAUCCUGGGACUCAGCGGCUAUCUGCGUCGACUCUUCUCUGCGCCUACGAAGGAACUGCUCGCGUUCUUCACGGGCAUGGCUGCCAGCUAUGUUCCGUUGAAGGCAUUAGCACCACAGUUGAUCACGGAGUAUCCUGCUGUACAGACCAGUCCACAGAGUGCUCUGUUUACGCUAGCGAUCGGUGCUCUGAUAGGAUGGGGAACAAAGGUGUCGAAUGGAUGUACAUCCGGACACAUGCUGUGUGGACUCCCCAGACUGAGCGGACGCUCAGCAAUCGCAGUGGCUACCUUCUUUCCCGCGGCCAUCAUAACACAUCACAUCGUCAACUCAAGCCUAUCGAGUCCGAUGUGCCCCGGUAGUGCACCGUGUUACACGCCUGUGUAUCCAUCAACCGAGACAACCGCAUCUCUUCUCAUACUUGCCGUAUUCAGCAUGCUCGCCGCCCGAACCAUACCCAAACUCGUAGCUCAAGUCACGGUCGCGCCCACAACCAAGGAUGUCAAACACCAGCCCGCAGAUACACACACUGCUGCACGCCUUACCACGCAGUCCUUCUCGGGCCUACUUUUCGCCCUCGGUCUCCACAUCUCACAAAUGUCACACCCAGAUAAGGUGGCCGCUUUCUUCUCUUUCCCAGAUCUGCAACACUGGGAUCCGUCACUGGCUCUCGUCAUACUCUUCGGCGUCCUACCCAACUUGAUCGAGAACCAGAUGAAGAGCUUCGCCAACCCUCCAUCCUUCGCCGACAAGUUCUCGCUACCUACGAAGACGUUGCAAGAUAAUCGUAAUCAACUCGGAAGAUGGUUCUGGCAAUAUUUUCAAUUCGAUCCAAGCGACGAUGCGGAUUCUUAUUUCAACUUCUAUUUGACAUGGGGUAUCGGUGAAGCACUCGCAAGUCUCGGACUCAACCCCAACGCAGACAGAUUCGAAGGUGGCGAGAACCACGUCGUCUCUUAUCAGCACAACUUGCCUGGAUUUGUUGAGGAUAUCGAUGAGCAAAGGUACUAUGUUGACAGCAAGCAGUACCGGGCCACAGGUGCUGAUUUUACCUUUUCACUCAACAUCAACGAAGGCGUCAUCAUAGCAAUGAGCCGUACAAGCCCCAAGGAAAUAGGCAAGGGAAUGGACCCACCAAUUACCGGUGAUGGACUGCCACGCCUUAAUCAAUUCUCAGACGUGGCGUGGCUGGAGUGGCAACAUUUGAUGAACCAGAACAACGGCGAUGUCAGAAACAUGCGUUACUUCGUGUCUGUGUUGGUUGUCAACCGAGAGACUCAGUCAGUGGCGUUGAGAGCAUUGCGCACUCGAGGUAAAAAUCUAGAAGAUUUUCCAGGGCAGACGUUCGAACGGGGGACAGACGAAAUGAACGCAAUCAUGGGCACGCCGAACAUGCAAGGCUUCGCAUAUAUGCUGGUUCAGCACAAAGCGCAGCUGGGCAACAUGUACAUCAAGAAGAUCCAAGUCUUCAAGUGCGUGACGAUGCGUGAGCCUCCUUGUAUCAUCGCGCAUGUAUCCAAGCCAGACGUCUGGGUUGACCCCGGGGGCGGUGAAGUCGUCAGACGCGACGGAGGCCAUAACGUAGCGCGUAUGCACAAGAUCUUCGCGAAGCUUUGA